AUGACCGACGAAGCCGAGCAACCUACGCCGUCGUACGAAUCCUUCCCCUUCUCCCCACCUCGCACCGAUGAACCGACGCAUCAAGCCCUACGUCGCUUCGGGUCGCGCGUGUCUGGCCAGGGAGAUGGUUCAGCAACAGGAGCCGACUCGACGGGCGGAACAGGCGGCCUGGGCGCGCUAGGCCGGUUGAAGCGCUUGUUUGUCGGGACUGGAGGAGACGGCGAGGAUGGUUCAACCUCGGCCGAUGGGGCAGGCAGGGAGGCGGCGAGCUCUCCACCACGUCCGACAGUCGCCAGCUCGCACCUGCGAGGCGUGGCGGUCUCGCUUCAGCAGCAACUUUCCGGCUCUUCACCUCGCGACACUCUCGAUGGCGACGACAGCGCGGUGGUCGCGCAACGGGCGGCCUCGAGAACACGCAGCAAGUCUCAGGGAAGGAGCAGCAGCGGGAAGACUGGAGGGACCGCUGCCGACAGCUCGUCACGCUCGCCGACUCGCCAACGGGACCAGCGCGACCCAAUUCCUUUCCCUUCCUCUUCUUCCGGAGUCGCGCCCUCACCCUCUCAAAGUCGACGAUCUGUACGCCCUGUUCGCCUGUCAGGCGCAUUGCCGCCUGCUCCUUCCGUCAGCGUCAACAUGCAGAAUGCCGAGCCAAACGUUUCCGUCCCGCCUGGGCGAAACAGCGGCAGCGACUAUCGCUACACUCCUACGCCAGACUCGCCAAACGCCAGCGACUUCGACCUCGGGGCGUCAGGCGGACGGCCCUCACUCGGCCAGCGUGCGAGGAGGUUGUCGUCCAAUCUUGCCGGCCUUGGCCAGCUCGCCAAGAGCGUCAAGGCGAAGGACGAAGAUGCGUUGAGCGUUUGGUCCGUCGGUACGGGAGCGGCGAAAGGCAGUCCUUCAGCAGUUGAGGCGAUCAGGAAGAUGCAGGAGCAGACUCUGGACAAGAAGGUUUGGAUCGCCGACAAAGCUGUGCGCGAGUGCGAAGCUUGUAAUCGACCCUUCAAUGCGCUCCGUCGGCGGCAUCACUGCCGCAUGUGCGGGAACGUGUUCUGCGGCGCCUGCUCGUCAAACUGGCUGCCAACGUACGGCAGGGAACGCAACGUGCGCAUCUGCGAUCACUGCAUGGCCCAACGUCGUAACAAGGAGGCUCUCCGAAUUACGCCGACCACGACUUGGGAAGAUGCUGCCUCCGUCUCACGCCUUCCUCCGCCCAAAGCACGCCCCGCCUCUCCGCCUCGAAUUUCGGCAUUCGAAACCCCUCAGACCCCUUCAACCAUCGCGACGGUUUCGAAGGUGUACCGCCCAUCCAGCCUGCGCCAACGCCAGAGUCGCCUCUCCGCCUCGAUCCACCGCGUCGACCUCGCCGUCGACCGCAUCUCUGAAGCCGGCUCGGAUCGCCCAGCGACGCCGGUGUUCGAAGAAGCGGGCGAUGCGAGUCCCGCCGAAAGUCGGCAACACAGCCCGAAAAGCUCGAUGCAUCGUGCCCAGCUCGAACAGCUCCAGCAGGCGCAGCGCAGCGUGAACGGCGAUACGCCGCUCGAUUCAGGCAUCGAGCCUGGGCUGCAAAGCCCGACGCUCUCCGUGGCCACAGCGCCGUUCAGGCGCGAGCUCGGCGAGGAGGACCACCCCACGGCGGACGAGGCGGGGGAUGAGGCAGAAGACGAGGCUGGCCGACGAAGAUUGAAGAGCCACGGCGAUGGCGAUCACGGGGAGAAAGGAGUCGUCCCGGAGUCAGCGGGGCUCGGGCUGGAUUUCGGCGAGGAGGGCUCGUUCUCCGUUAUGGCGGCUGCCGCAGCAUCCGACGUCGACGGAUCGCACCUCUUGGCCCAGCGCAGCGGCGAUGGUACAUCAGCAGCUCCAGCACGCCAAUCUUCCUUCCUGCCUAAUCUCGGCCGCUCGACUUCGCGCUUCUCAACGCACCUCCUAGACUACCUGCCCGAAUUCCUUGCCGACGCCCACGCGCCUGUGAACCCGGACAUCUACCACGCCGACGCCUUCCGUGCUGUCGAAGCCGUCGAUAUCCCGCUCUCGCAAGCCGCCCUAAGCCACAUCCGCCUCAUGAUCCGCCAGUCGCUCGAGCGCGAGAACAUCCCGGAUCCGAGUGCAUGGGUGGUCGAACUCGAGAGGCUCCUCUUCUCCGUCGCCGACCGGCUCGCCAUUCUCGACAGCGUCGAUACCGGGACGUUCGAUGUACACGACCACAUCCGCAUCAAGCGGAUCCCCGGCGGCCGCCCUCGAGACAGCGAGUUCGUCAAUGGCAUCGUCAUCACGAAGAACGUCAUGCAGAAGAGGAUGCCUCGGCAGCUGUCGAAUCCGAAGAUCAUGCUCCUCUCGUUCGGCCUCGAGUACCAGCGCGGCGACGCUCAAUACUUCUCGCUCGACAAGGUCAUCGACCAAGAGCGCGAGCACCUCCGCAACGUCAUCACCCGCGUCACCAGCUUCUUUCCCCAGAUCGUCCUCUGCGAGCGUAACGUAUCGAGUAUCGCGCUCGAGUACCUCAAGGAUCGCGGCAUCGCGGUCGCUCGCCACGUCAAGCCGGAGGUCCUUGCUGCCAUCUCGCGUUCGUUCGGCGCCGACAUCCUCCCUUCGACGAACGCCCUCUUCGACCCGAAACUCGGCCGAUGUCGCAAGUUCAGCGUCCAGACCUUUGUCCACCCCGAUAUCCCCGGCAAGCGGAAGACCGUCCUCCGCUUCGAAGGCGGCGAGCAACAGGCGGCCUGCACGAUUGUACUGCGCGGCGCAAGCAUGGAGGUGCUCGGCAAGAUCAAGCGGAUAAUCGAGAUGCUCGCGCUCGUCGUCUAUCACGCCCACCUCGAAGGCUACCUUCUGCACGACGAGCGCAUCGAGGUCGUUCCGCCGCUACUCGAUCAACGAAGACCGUCGACUGUCACGAUGAGCGAAGGCUCACCGGCGAACGCGGACGCAGCAACGGUGUCGUCCUCGCUGAGCGAGAAGGAGGCGAUGGCGGACCGCAUCGCCGAGACCAUCAGGCCUUACGAGUCGACAGCGUUAUCGAGUUCGGCGCUGGUUCAGUAUCCUCCGCCGUACCCGCUUCAGCGAGUGGCGGAGGAAGAGCGCGUCUUGCGGGAGUUGCGCGAGCAGCGCGAGGCGGAGGAGACGCGCCGGAUCCUGGAGGAAGAGACGGCGUCGCGCCUUUCGACCAGUACGACUCCCGACGCUGCCCCGGCGUCAGGAGAGACUGCGUCGAGCGGCUCCUCGAUUGUCGACGUCGCACCUUCGGCGAAGCCUGCAAGUAUCGUCCACCCAUCCGAUGCUGCGCUCGUAGCGCCUGCUCUCGAUUCUACCCUCGUCUCAACUCCUCGCCGACCAGCCGACCUCGCCAAAGAGACCGACUUCCGGGACGCCGAAGAGGAGCAUGCUCAGCACCUCGUCAAAUGGGAAGACUACCGUCACGCGCAUCCCUGCAGGCUCGACCCUCUCAACUUCCAGCACAUCUACGUCCUCGAAUCGCUCGUCCACGUCGGGAAAGACGGCGAACCUGAUCGACUUUGCAGGCCGCCGCAGAUCCGCAUGAUCGACUUCUACCGCGAGAACGACACGACCAUCGGUCAGUACCUGCGAGACGCCGACGCCUCCCUUCGCGCGCAAGAACCGUGCCCGUCGCCGUCUUGCCACGAGCCCCUGAGCAGCCAUGCCCGCAUUUUCGUCCACGACUCGCUCGUCCUCAAAGUGCGAUGGGAAAACUCGGACAACGAGGUCUUGCGGGGUGCAGUCGGCAUGAGCGCUAUCUGUCGCCGCGACGGCUGCGCGUGCACCGCCCGACUCGUGCGUGCCUCCAUCGAGACGACGCGCCUGAGCUUCGGCAAGUUCCUCGAGCUGUCCUUCUAUCCGUCCGACCAACUCGCCUGCGCGAACGAAGCGUGCGGUCACGACGGGCAGCUCGACCAUGUCCGCUACUGGCACUUCGGCGACGUCCGCGUCGCAUUCGCGAUGGCUCGAAUCGACCUGCGCAACAUCGCAACGCCGCCCCGCCAGAUCAAGGUCCGACCGGAACGCCGCCUCGAGCUCCGCAACUUGGAGUACAACCAGAUCCUUCUGCGGACCGACUCGUUCUUCGACUCCGCUCAGGCUCGCAUCGCCGCUUUCAAGUACGAGGGCGUCCCGCCCGAGCUCGUCGAGGAGUCCAAGACAGUCCUUGCAUCCUUCGCGUCGCGCUGCGAGGGGGACAGGCAGGCGAUCAAGCGGCUGCUCCUCGCCGUCUACGACAAUACGGAGGAUUCGAAUGGGAGCGAGAUGACUUCGGUGCGCCGCCUGUUGCAGGAGAAGAGCCAUGCCUUCGAUGCCGACUGGGCAGCUCUGGUCAAGCGCGUCAUGCCGAUGGAACUGCCCGACCUGCGCAAGGCGUCGACGGCUCAGCUCAAGCGCUUCUUCCCCGAGGCCGGCAUCGGCCCUGCGACCCAGCGAUCCGCCUCGUCGUCUUUGCCUCCCGCGCUCGAGGUCGACGAGUCGGCAGACGGCGUCGAGCCUUCCGCUGCCGCUGUAGAACCAGGCGACGAGGCUGCCGAGGAGGCAGAAAACGCCGCUGCGGCAUCUGUCCGCGACGCCGAGAUUCAGAUUGAGCCGCCGUCCCCGCCGCGACCAGCAGAUUCGCUCUCUGCCUCCAGGGCGACAAUCACGGCGCCGCUUUCAGUGUCCGACUCCGCCACGCCGACGACGCUCCGCCGUGCAUCCCUGUCCGGCAGCGAUCUUGACAGCGAUUCGACCGUCCAUGCCGACGAACCGACGGCUACUCUAACCCGCAAUACUUCCCUCUUCAUCCGCCAACGAGUCCAGCACACGGACGACACGAGCGCGGCGGAGAGCGAGUCAGAGCAAUCCGCACCCCGGCGACGUCGACAGGAACCAAACAUCGCGAGCCUCGUCAACGUCUUUGACGGCGCUGCAGGUUCGCUCUCGCGCAACAGCACGUUCAAGGCGAAGCAGUCGUCCCCGGCUCGUCCAGGUUUCCGUCGCAUUCAGACCGACAAGCCGCCGUCUUCCGCGAAGAUCCGACCGCGACCGAACAAGGUGCCGUCCGACACCGACACGAGCUAUGCUCGGAAUGUCGGCGUCUCUCACCUCAUGGAUCGCUCCCUGUCUGCCGCUGCCGCCCGACCCUCCCGCAUCCCCGCCCGCAAGCCGCUCAAGGCAGAGACGGAUCACGGCGCCAGCGCGCCUGGGACCGCUUCUACGUCGCCAAUCUCCACCCGACCCUCGUCGCGUGCCGCUUCAAGGACGCCUGCCUCCAGAACUGCCUCUCGCCCUUCGAGUCCCGUAACGGCUCGCAAGCCUGCAGGCUCGCCACCGGCUGGAGAUAGUGCGCCGCAGCGUCCCGCCUUGAAGCCGUCGUCGUCCUCUCGCUCGACCAUCAAAGGCAGAAGCGGCCGCCGGGCAGCUCCUCUUGCAUCCGAAUCGAGCGUCGCCGACCACCGCACGUCGUCAAGGUCGCGCAACGAGCUUGGCUUAGACCGCCCAACGGCGAGCUCGACGAAUAAGAUCGCCACGCGCCGAGUCGUCUCGACUGGAACAGGCCGCUUUGUCAGCUCCAUGCGUCGCCGCUUCGAAAAGGCGGCGGAACAAUCUGAGCGCAGCGCAGUCACGAGAAAACGAGCUCGGCCCAUCAUCACGUCGCAGCCAACCGUCAGGAUCUUCGACAACAUUCGCGACGCGAUCAAGGAGGACUCGAGCGACGAGGAGGGGGCCCAGAGCGACGCUCGAAGUGCGGAGGAGUCCGACGGAGCCGACGACGAGUUCGAUGACGAGCACGACGCGCCCGAGCCCGAGGACAUGCCUGGAGGUGCAGUGGACGGUCCAGCUGCUCCCGAGCCGGAGGCGGUCCCGCGCCCUCAACAGCCGACACUUGCCACAUCGUCGAUGGCAGACGCUCUCGCGCGCUCGAACAGCGCCGCCCGCUCUGAUGUCCUGCUCCUUCAGCCGUCCUCCAGCGAUCACGCUUCGGGCGAGCGCUCGGAUUCCGACUACCCCUCCAUCCCGCACUCGCCUACGGGCGCCGACUCCUUCACCUUCCCUCGCAUGUCUGAAGGCGAAUCGAGCGGUACCGAACGUCGAUCGCUGUUCAACGCGCUCUCGAGCUUGUGGAAUUACCGCAACGGCGACUUCUCACCGCUUGCUUACCCGACGCUUCCAACCGAGCAUGUUUACGCCGACAACCCCAUCCUGGUUCGCGAAGACGAGCCGACAUCCAUCAUCGCCCAUGCCUUGAGCUCCCGCAAGUACUACCAGGCAUUCGAGCAUCCCGAGCUGCCUCACAUUCGCGACGGGCUCCGCGCGGGGAAUGACGCCGCGAGCGAGAAGUUCUCGAUCGUUUCGCUCGAGGAACCGGACGUUUCGAAGGCUGUGGAGGAGAUGCUGCGAGCCUCCACGCAACGGUCGUUCAAGCUUGGCGAUCUCGAACUCGGGGACAUCUCUGCUCGGUGCACCGUCUUCUGGGUUGAGCAAUUCGAGGCUUUGCGCCGGCAGUGCGGCUGCGACACGCAGUUCGUCGAGUCGCUUUCACGCUGCCUCAAAUGGGAUGCGGCUGGCGGCAAGUCCAAGGUCGACUUCCUCAAGACUCUCGACGACCGCUUCAUCGUCAAGCAACUGUCCAAGCCCGAGAUGGAGGUCUUCGCCCGUUUCGCACCCGCCUACUUCCAGUACAUGGCCGACGCGCUGUUUCAGGGCAGACCGACUUUGCUCGCCAAGGUCUUUGGCAUCUACCGCGUCAGCCUCGGCAAGCAGUAUCGCAACGUCGACUUUCUCGUCAUGGAGAACCUUUUUUACGCCCGCCAGCUCAAGCAGAUCUUCGACUUGAAGGGCUCGACUCGCAACCGCCGCGUUGACGAGAACAACCCGGUCUUGCUCGACGAAAACCUCCUCGAGCUCUCGCUCAAGAACCCUUUCUACGUGCGGGAGGAAUCGAAGCAGCUCAUCAGGCAGGCCGUCUGGAACGACAGCCAGUUCCUCUCGGACUUAAACGUCAUGGACUACUCGCUCGUCGUGGGCGUGGAUGCGGUCAAGUCGGAACUCGUCGUUGGUAUCGUCGACUACAUCCGGACGUACACUUGGGACAAGCGCAUCGAGAGCUGGGUCAAGGAGACGACAUUCCUCGGCGGAGCGUCCAAGGCAGGAGGACCCACCGUCAUCACGCCCAAGCAGUACAAGAUGCGCUUCCGAGAGGCGAUCGACGGCUACCUGCUCCUUUCCCCGACGCCAUGGCUCGAUUUGGCCGCCCUGCGCGCUGGGCAAGGCAACCCGGUGAAGACUGCGGCGCCCGUCGCGCCUGCCAACGACGGCGCCGCCGACAACGCCACGGUCCUGCUUCCGUCGUCCGCGACGUCCACCUACUCGGCACCUCCGCCGUCCGACACUUCUUCCGUCAUAGCAGCCGCUUCCCUCGCAGCAUUCUAG